GUAAGGCUGGGGCAGUAGGAGGGUGUGUGUAUAUUGUAGGUGAGUGAAUUGUUUGCGUUUCCUGUAGGCACCUCCAUAUCUUCACACAAGAUGGCGCUGUGUGCCCUGGCACGUGCCUUCAGUGCAUUAGCUGUCUCCUCCCACAGUGUGAGCCCCCUUCUCUUCUCUCAGACGCUGCCCUCUAGAGGCCUCCUCACCACUGCCAGCCUCAGCAACAUCAAGCCAUGGAAGACCAGAACCAAGUACACCAUCAAUCCCAUUGGAGUGAAGAAAACCGGGGGCCGAGACCACACAGGCAGGAUCCGGACGCGGGGUAUCGGCGGGGGGCACAAGCAGCUGUAUCGCAUGGUGGAUUUUCAGAGACUGAACUAUGUGCCCGGCCAGGAGCCCCGACCCUUCCAGGAGAAGGUGAUAGAAGUGCGGUACGACCCCUGCAGAUCGGCAGACAUUGCGCUGGUAGCGGGGGACAAGAGGAAGCGCUGGAUCAUUGCCACAGAGAAUAUGCAGGAAGGGGACCUUAUAACCAGUUCUGGGCACAUCGGGCGUAUGGCGGUGUCUGCUAAAGAGGGAGACGCCCACCCGCUUGGUGCUUUGCCUGUAGGGACCCUCAUCAAUAACUUGGAGUUCCAGCCUGGGAAGGGGGCUCAGUACAUUCGUGCUGCACAGGUUUCGGAGACUUGCGUUGCUACCGUCGGCCGCGUAUCCAACAUUGACCACAAUAAGCGAAUAAUAGGGAAGGCGGGUCGGAACCGCUGGCUGGGGAUCCGACCCUCUAGUGGCCUAUGGAAACGGAAAGGAGGCUGGGCCGGGCGCAAGAUCAAACCCCUGCCCGGUCUGAAGAGCUACGUACAGCUCCCAUCUGCCCUUCCUGCCCCCCGAUAAUGUCUGUGUGUGCCGCCCCUCCCUCCGGGUCAUAGGUCUCCUACAUGGUCGGGUGAUGAUGGCAGCGAGAUGCCAACCCUGCCCCUUUGCCAACUCCACCACAGGGCGAAGCUACAGAACUGAGGGACCGGCACCUAAUAAAUAUCCUAUCAGUA